AUGUCGUUCAACAACACCUCGGCCAGUGUCUCCAUCGAUAAGUUCGAUGGGGACAACUACUCAACCUGGUGUCGCUACAUGCGCGGCGUGUUUCUGACGAAGUCAGUCUGGUACGUCGUGAACCGCGAAACGUCUCCAACCUUCACCGACACGCGAGCUUCCGACGAGUACGUCAAGGCGAGCAACAUCGCGUUCGGGUUGAUGUUGCUCCACAUGGACGCUGACUACCACCAUGUGGUCGACAACUGUGAAGAAGCAUGGACAGCGUGGUCGCGGUUGAAGAUGCUCUAUGGUGGGUCGCAGAAGGCGGGACGCAUCUACCUCAAGCGCCAGCUGUUCAGCAUCAAGAUGGCGGAAGGUGCCAACGUCUUGCACCAUUGCAACGAAGUCUUGAACAUCGGCGCCAAGCUCAGCAGCAUCGGUGCCAAGAUGGAAGACGAAGACAUUGCGAUCUGCUUGCUGCUCAGUCUCCCGAAGAGUUUCGAGAACGUGGUUCUGAACUUAAAGAUGAGCAAUGCAGAGCUGCGCACGCAAGAUGUGGUCAAGGUGCUUGUUGUAACUUGA